AAAAAAAUGAAAAAAAAAAGCAAGGCCUUAUCUACAUUUUACACUGAGCGCGAGCUGUGACCGGAAAGAGAAGCCGAAGGAAGAAGAUGUUGAGCCCCAUCUCCAUUGCUUCACCUUCAACCGCCACAUUACCUCCAAAGCUUCUCUCAUCGCUCCCAAAUUCCUCCUUCAAUGGUCUCAGGCUCCAACUCAGCUUUCCCGUUCGGGUUCCUCCUUUAGCGGCGUCGUUUGGAAAGCCUUCCCCAUCGUCGUCUGUGGUGAUGAUGGCGAAGAGAGACGAAGAGAUGAAGGAAAUAAGAGCCAAAACCACAGAAGAAAUCAAUGAGGAGGUUAUUGAUCUCAAGGGUGAGCUCCUCAUGCUUCGCCUCGAGAAAUCGGUCCGAAAUGAGUUCAAAGCCAGCGACUUCGGUCGCAUGCGCAAAAGGGUUGCUCGCUUGCUUACUGUUAGAAGGGAAAGAGAAAUUGAAGAGGGAAUCAAUAAGAGAUUGUCGAGAAAGUUUGAUCGGCAAUGGAAGAAGAGCAUAGUUGUAAGACCACCUCCAUCCUUGAAAAAGUUGCUGGCAGAAGAAGCAGCAGCAAAAGCGUCAGAAGCAACUGUAGAAGUUGAGAAGUCUGCUUAAACCUUAUGUUUUAAGUGAUUGUUCAGUAAAACACCAGUGAGAAAAAUGAUAAAACAAAGAAUCUGACAUAUUCCUGGUUUGGAUUAUUGCUCAAUUUCUUUCGUGGAUCAUCUUUUUGUAUAAUGUUGUAAUUCUUGGUAGGGUUGAUUGGUUUUUUCCCUUUCAACUCUACAUUGCUGUUUAUUUGGUACUCCAAUAUAAUCGAUAGAAUGUUACAUAAUUUUACAAA